AUGUAUCCCAAUCUGCUGGCCCAGACGUCAGUUUACUCCCCUCUUCUCCGCAUGCCCACAGGAGGACUCGUCUCCAGCCCGCUGAGCCCGGCAUCCAGCCCGCCGGUCAGCAGUUCAGCCUUCCUGGUGGACAAUUUACUGAGGGCAGGCGGGGCCGGCGGACCGUAUCUGGCCCGGCCCGUUCCAGUGUCCGCGUGCCCCGAACAGUCAUGCACGGCCUGCACCACGUGUUCCGGCUGCUCGCCCAUGCCUGUUCUGUCAGUCGGCAAGACCUCGGCAAGUCGGUGUCAGAAUGGUGCCGGGGUGCAAGGGGGCUCGAGCCCGGGAACGCCGUACCUGAAGUUCGGGGUCAGUGCUAUCCUUGCAGCAGAUGCUAAAGAGAAACUGGCAGCGAAAAGCGUCUUGGCAGUGUCGGGUGCCGGUCUACCAUGUCCUCCAGCCUAUACGUAUGCAGCUUCUUCUGUGGCCAAACCCGUCCCCAGACCUUUCCUAGAAUCUCCUCUUCAUUCUCUAGUCGCUUGCAGAAAUCCAUAUUUUACAGGUCCAGCAUCUGGCGUGACGGUUGCUGGUCUUGGAUUCAACUCUAUGAACGGGUUAGCGGGGAUCACCCCCACCUCCGGAAUAACGUUCCCGCUCCCGGCGACGUUCCCCUGGGCCGCGGCGGCGCGCGGGAAACCUCGGCGCGGAAUGAUGAGGCGCGCCGUCUUCAGCGACGCACAACGGCAAGGCCUGGAGAAAAGGUUCCAAAUACAAAAAUACAUCAGCAAACCGGACAGGAAGAAACUAGCGGAGAAACUUGGGCUUAAAGAUUCACAGGUAAAAAUCUGGUUCCAGAACAGACGGAUGAAAUGGCGGAAUUCCAAAGAACGAGAGCUUCUAUCCAGUGGAGGUUCUCGAGAACAGACCCUUCCAACCAAGCACAACCCGAAUCCAGAUCUCAGUGACGUUGGUUCCUACGGUGGUAAAAAUUCUUCGGACAUCCUCCGUGAUGAUGGAGACAGCUAUAAGGACGGGCUGAAGGUGAUUAGUCCUUGCCACACGCCAGACAGUGCAAACGAUGAGGACAGCCACCUGCACGUUAGGCACUGCGUUGAUCGCAGUUCAGAUGAAAUGGACAUCAAAGUAUUAUAG